AUGCACACACACUGUCUGUCUGUCUGUCUGUCUGUCUGUCUGUCUGUCUCUCUCUCUCUCUCUCUCUCUCUCUCUCUCUCUCUCUCUCUCUCUCUAAUAAUAUCCUUUGAUUUUUUUUUCUUUCAUUCCUUUUUUGGAUUUUCAUUCUUUUCCAUUAUCACCGCCUCAUUAUUGCCUUAUCCUUCUUCCUCUCCUUCUCCUUCUUUUUCUCCCUCUCCUUUUCCUUCUCCUUCUCCUGCUUCAUCUUCAUUUUUACUUUUUAUAUCCCGUUUUCCUUCGUUUCUUACCUUCAUUUCACCUCACUUAACACAAUCGCCUCACCCCAUCACUACCAAAAAUUCUCAUGAAUUAAAUAUUGCCGCAAAACCAAAAGAAAGAAUGGAAAAUAAAACGAGAAAAAUAUUGUCUGGAUAUUUUGCCGGCGACAAGAGAAAAAGCUUGGCACUUUCUUUCUCUUUCUCUCUUUUUUUUUUUUUUUCCCCACUCACUUUCUUUCUCUUUCUCUCUUUUUUUUUCCCACUCACUUUCUUUCUCUUUCUCUCUUUUUUUCCCCCCCACUCACUUUCUUUUUAUUGUCCACGUCUUGCUCGGGUUAUUAAUACUUCUGUUAAGUUAAUCCGGGUUCUACUUUCUCCCGGUUUUCAUGGCUCAGUGGAAAGGACUUUUACGGCGUAA